GUUACUACUCCUUUACUCUCCUCACCAUGGACGCCUACACUCCCCCGGAAGUGGCCGAGCUGGUCUCCCGCGCCGGAGCCACCAAGGGCAAUAUGCGCCUGGAUAAGGUAUUUUUCAGCGCUUUCUCCGCCGGAUGUCUCCUUGCUUUUGCAUGCGGAACCGUGCUCAGUACAAAUACUGCCUCGUGGUUCCAGGACAAUGCCCCGGGACUCAUCCGGACCAUCGGGGCGCUGGUUUUCCCGUACGGGUUAUGCAUAAUCGUCCUGACAGGAGCAGAUCUAUGCACGGGGUCGUUUAUGUAUACCACAGUAGCUGCUCUCCAGCGCCGACUCUCGUGGCCCAAAAUGCUUCUCCACUGGUUCGUCACUUUCUGGGGAAACCUCGCCGGCUCGUUAUUCAUCGUGGCCAUCAUAUUCGGUUACGGUGAAACCUUCUCCGCCGACCCCUACAAAUCCCAAGUCAUCUCCUUCGCCACAAAAAAGCAACUCACCCCAGACUUCCACAUGAUCUUCCUCCGCGGCAUCGGAUGUAACUGGCUCGUUUGUCUGGGCUGCUUCCUUGGUCUGCAAGGACGGGAGUUAUCAUCCAAGAUCAUCGGGAUCUGGCUGCCUAUUUUCGCCUUCGUGUCUCUGGGAUUCGAUCACGUUGUGGCUAAUAUGACGUUUAUUCCGAUGGCGAUCUGGCUGAAGGCUCCGGGGUUGAAUAUUGGGCUGUAUAUUUGGAAAGGGAUCAUUCCGACCUUGUUGGGGAAUAUUGUGGGUGGUGGGUUGUUUGUUGGAACAUACUAUUGGUACAUGUAUCUUGUCAAGGAAGAGACUAUCACUCUUACCGGUCUUCGAAAGGGACAAGAUAAGUCCGAAGCGAGCAGCUUCGCUCCCAGGGGAAAGGAAGAUGUGGAGGCUUCUGCUGGGGCUAUGGAUAGUGGGUUUAAGAUUAAUAGCCAUUGAUGUUAUUUUGGCACCACACUGUAAUCCCGUCUACGAUUACCAUGAACCCCAACGCACAAUACUUUGAAUGAACUUUCCAUUUUCUCGAACUUGAACUGAAAUGAGGCUCUAGAUCUCAAUACGUCUUCAAGCAUGUCAGUCAAAGACCUCAACCUUGGUCUG